GAGGAGGAAGCCUUGAGCCAGUUGUAUGCCGGGAUGGAGACCGAGGACCCGAGGCUGUACCUUACCUAUCGCUCCAAUGAGAGUUUGGUGAUUGAUGCUGAGAAAUUGGUCGGAUUCACCCAUUCGGUAUCGUGCUGGACAAGUGUGACGAAUUCACAAGGUCGAGCCGUCGGGCAAGUCAUCGGAGACUGCGUGCAACUGAACAUAUCUCGGCCUCUUGCUGGGCCCAUGCAGUUGUGCCUGCCGAUGGCCCCUCCUGAGCUCAUCCCGAGGAACACGGACAUAUUCGUAUCAAACGUCUCUCACAAUGGGUCGAAGCCGCGCUUGCAGGACACACUCGACUUUGGAGUCUUGCGGACAGCAGAGAGAUUCGACUUGAACGAGGCCAUGGAAGGGCUCAUCAUUCCCGAUCUGAUAUACGGCCUACUACGACCAGGCGACAAGUGGGUGCGUGCUUUGGGGAAGCAACUUACUGAGGUUACUGAAACCCAUAUAUGUGCGAAAGUUAUGGAGCAGCACUGGACGUACUGCCCUAUCCUGCGUAUGAACGAUUCGAUGCAUGUGUGGCCUGCUCAUGCGGAGACCUUCGCUGAGGACACCAUUUCCGCGGCGACCUCCUGUGUCGAGCUGGACAC